AUGUUUGGCGGCGCGGCAAGACACGGGCGCGUGCGGGGAGCUCUGCGACAGGUACCGAGCUCGAGACGGCAUUCAAGCCAGUACGAGAAGACAGUCGGAAAUCUGCGCAUUAACCAGGAAAGCAGAGUCAUUUUCCAAGGAUUCACCGGAAGAGCGGCAACGGCAAAUGCACAAGAUACGAUAGCAUACGGCACGCGGAUAGUCGGCGGUGUGUCUCCUGGUAAAGGCGGGCAGACACAUCUCAACUUGCCCGUUUUCAACACCGUCCGCGAGGCGGUGCAGCAGGUCCGGCCCCAGGUCACCGCCGUCUUCGUGCCCGCGCAGGGCGCGGCUGCGGCCAUUAUCGAGUCUAUCGAGGCCGAGGUACCGCUCAUCGUCAGCGUCGCCGAGCACAUCCCAGUGCACGACAUGCUGCGCGUGCACGAGGUGCUGCAGACGCAGAGCCGCACGCGCCUGGUCGGGCCCAACUGCCCAGGCAUCAUCGCGCCCGAGCAGUGCCGCGUGGGCAUUAUGCCUUACAAACAGUACCGCAAGGGCUGCGUUGGCAUCGUCUCCAAGUCGGGCACGCUGAGCUACGAGGCCGUCGGCGCCACCAGCAACGCGGGCCUGGGACAAAGCAUCGUUAUGGGCAUGGGCGGUGAUUUGCUGCCAGGCACCACGCUUGUCGACGGGCUGCGGCUGUUUUUCGAAGACGACGAGACAAGAGGCAUCAUUGUCAUUGGGGAGAUUGGCGGCGAGGCGGAGCUGCGCGCCGCCGAAGUCAUUCAGGAGUACCGCGCGCGCACGGAGAAGCCCAAGCCCAUCAUUGCCAUGGUGGCUGGUAAGACCGCGCCCGAGGGCAGAGUCAUGGGCCAUGCCGGCGCCGUCCUGAUGCCGCGCGACGUUUCGGCCGCGGAAAAGGCAGACGCCCUGAGCAAGGCGGGCGCCAUUGUGGUUCCGCAUCCUGGCGUAAUGGGCGACACGAUGAAAGACCUUCUGGGUAUGUAA